UGAAAGGUGCGGGGAUUUGAUGCUGGAUGCAGCCGCUGGAUUGACCUCAUCCUCUCAUAUACCCUCCAUCUCUCACUUCACCAUCUGUCUCCUCAGGGGAAGACGCCGAAUCGGCGACGCUCAUUUCCAUCGUGUGCUGCUCUAUAAAGACCAAAGCCCAAACAUCCCACAGCCUGGGACAGCCGGGACCGAACAACCCUGGUCUCUCCGCAAACUUUGAGGGAACUUGGAGCGGUUCCUGGUGCACCAGUUUCCGGCUUCGCUGGGAGGCUCAGGAGAGUGGCCGCUUGCUCUGUAUGAGCACUGGGACUGGGGGUUUGGAGAUGAAAUCUCCUCUGGAGGAGGAUUUAUUCCCGUUCACUCGGGACCAUGUUGGGGACGUCUCCGCUUUUGUGGAGCCCGCUGAGCUGCUGUCUCUCCUCAGGCAGAGGGAGAAAGAGGUGCAUGUGGCGGCAGAGCUGGGAAAGGCUCUCCUCUCAGAGAACCAGGACCUGAAGAGGGAAAACGAUAAACUACAGGAGGAAUUCACUCAGAAACUGGAGGAACUGGAACAGGAGAAAUAUGCAUCACAUCUGAAGCAUGAGGGGAAGAAGAGUGAGUGGGAGGCUCAAGUAGCAGAACUGGAAAGUGAUGUGCAACGGUUACAGCUAGAGCUCCAGAAGCAGCAACAAUACCUACGAGAAGUUGAGAAGGUCAAAAUGGACAUGGAAUGCAAUCUAAGUGAACAAAAUCAGAGACUAGUGGAGCAACUGAAGAAAGCAGUGAAUGUGGAGCAGACCCUUACCCACCAGAUCCAUACAUUGAGGGACAGGUUUAUGGGAAAGGAAUUCCUGUUGAAUGAGAAUGCAACACAGGCACAGAGCCUCCAUACUGAGAUAGCUCUGUUGUCUGAGCAGAAACAUAAUCUGGAACAACAAACAGCCAUAGUGCAGAAGGAGAACUUGGCACUGAAGAGCAGCAUUGAUGCAAUGCAAGAAAAGUUCUCUCAGCUGCAGCAAAAGAACACUGAGCAACUACUGCAGCUAACACUGUCACAGGAGAAUGUCAAUGAAGUCCAGGCUCUGAAUCAACAAUUGCGGAGCCGAAUGCAGGAUCUGAGCCAGCAGCUGAUGAUGCAGGAAUUUACAAGUCACAAUGAUUCCCUUCACUCAGAAAUUGAGCACAGUCUGGAAACCGAGGCUGAGACCUGGGAGGCCGAGAAAGAUCAGGUAAAGAACAAUAUUUUGAAGAUCCAUCAGCAAUUACUCACCUUGAAAGGUGAGAAGUGCUCUGACAGUUUGAUUGGACGUCAGAUUCACAGUCUGCAGGAAGCCCUUUCACACCUGAAGAAUCUGGUACACAGCCUAGUACGUGGCCCAGCUACACAGGUUCUUGGGGAAGGCAGCCAGGAGGGAUUACAGGAAGAGCUGAAGAGGGAACGGCAACAAUUCCAGUGGGAACAGGGAGUGAAUGAAGAGAAGCAGCAGAUGAUUGAGGAGCUUCAAAGACAGUUGCAGCUGCAAAGCACUGAACUGGUGAAUCUCAGGAAGGAAAACGAUGGAUUGAGAUGCAGCCUGGAGAAUGACUCUGGUGAUAGGCACCUCCAGCAAGCAAUCCGUGAACGGGACAUUGCAAUCACAAAGAAGAAUGCUGUGGAAUUGGAGCUGCUCAAGUGUCAAAUGGAUAUGAAGUCAUUGAACUCCCAGCUUCUGGAGACCAUUCAACAGAAAGUGUGCCUAUCACAAGAGCUAGAAGCUUGGCAGGAUGACAUGCAAUUUGUGAUAAGUCAGCAACUGAAAACUCAGCAGCAGACUGAGCAGGCCUGGAAUGCUUCCUCUCAAAAUCACAGCGAGUACAGGGAUUCCAAACAUCGCCAUUCCUUUCUCUACAGGACCAGGAGUCAGAUUCCCGAAGGAAAAGGCUUCCUCUCAUUGUUUAAGAGGUUAUUGAUCAAGCGAAAACAUGAAGCCAGGGAUGUAGACUGCUGGUUACAGAAUUAUUUUGAAAAGAGGAAAUGGAAAAAAAAAUCAACAAAAAUGUAGAAAGACUAAAGCUGAAUAAAAGUGAAACUUCAACGUUGCAGAGAUUCUGCAGACUGGAAUCUACAGAAGUGACAAAACAAACUAUCGAGGAAUGUUGUGAAAUAACAGGAGGUGGAGGAGCUGGCAAGACAGCAAUGGAUAUGAAUAGCUUUUAUUUUACACAAUGUAACACUAGAUCUACCCAGCUUCAUGACAGGCUGGAAGAAGCUGAUGAGGUGCUCAAUAAUCGGAGAUGAAGAAGGUUUCCUUAAAAAACAGGGAAGUGUGUAGUAAGAUACAAACUCCUGUCAAUGGUCAGAAUCUGUAAAGAGAAAUCAGCAUCAGCAUCUGUAAAGAGAAAAGACUGGUUCAGAUUUCAGGUGAAGAGCCUUUAUCAAAACCCUUAUGUUAUCCAGGAAGGUUAGUACCCAAAACACUAACCUGUCUUGCUUUUUACUGUUGUGACAAAUUUGUUCUGUAUUUUUAGCCUUUCCAGUUUUUAUUCCCAGCAUAUGAAGUUUUCUUUUUAU